CUCUCUCUCUCCACUCACACCCAACAGGAGUACGACUACUCCCGAUCGGGAAACCCGACCCGCAAAUGCCUGGAGACAGCGUUGGCCGCACUGGAGAGCACCCGAUACGCGCUGGCCUUUGGCUCAGGUAUGGCCGCAACCGUCACGUGCGGACACCUUUUAUCGGCCGGCGAGCACGUGCUCUCCUGCGACGACAUAUACGGCGGUAGUCACCGGUAUUUCACGCGAUGUCUGCGCCCACAGGGCUUUGACGUGACACUCGCCGAUUUUACCGACUUGUCCGCAGUGGCCGCCAAUAUCCGCCCCAAUACGCGGCUCCUGUGGGUCGAGACCCCGUCUAACCCACUCAUGAAACUCGUCGAUCUGAAAGCCCUGUGCGAACUCCGGGACCGAUUGGCUCCGGAGGCCAUCAUCGCUGUGGACAACACUUUUAUGAGUCCACUGUUUCAGCGGCCGCUAGACUUUGGCGCCGAUCUGUCCGUACAUUCAGUCACCAAAUAUAUCAACGUCCUAUCCAUCCGUCCCAACACGACAGGCCAUUCAGACGUGAUUAUGGGCGCUGUUAUGACCAAUCGGGAAGACUUGUACUCAAAGCUGGCUUUUCUCCAAAACGCUUUGGGAACAGUUAGCUCUCCGUUUGACUGUUUCCUCGCCAAUCGGGGCCUCAAGACUCUGAGCGCUCGAAUGGCUGUCCACCAAACCAACGGUCUAUCCGUCGCCCGUUUCUUAGAGUCACAUCCGAUGAUCACUCAAGUCCUCCAUCCGAGCCUCGAGUCUCACCCCCAGUACGAGUUGGCCCGCAGACAGUGCCGGGGCUUUAGUGGAAUGAUAUCGUUCCGACUGAAGGGAUCAGUUAAUCAAACGAAGACAUUCCUCGAGAGUCUAAAACUCUUCAAACUGGUGGUGAGUUUGGGAUCAGUCGAGUCUCGAGUGGAACUGCCGGCCCGUAUGUCACACCUGUCUGUCCCGAGAGAGCAUCUGAAGGCACUGGGAAUUGACGACCAAUUACUCCGUCUGUCGGUCGGCAUCGAAGACACCGAUGAUCUGAUCCAAGACUUGGCCACAGCUCUGAAGUGCGCCCAACAGACCAUUGAAAACGGUUUUAAGUGACCGUAGUUUUUGUUUUUAAUCAUUAUAAUUAAUGAUUUAAUUAUUGUAUAAUCUAUUAAAUGGGUUAGGG